AUGGGCCGCUAUUACUGUCCAUACUGUGAUGUUUUCCUUGAGCACGACUCGCAUUCUGUGAUACGAUCGCAUCUCCAAGGAAAAAACCACGUUCGUCUAUAUUGUCAAUAUUAUCAGACUAUAUGCCUAAAGGAUCCAACCCAGGAUCCUUCAUACAGGCCGGGUACUCUCUCCCCACCAUACCAAUACAGUUUAUCCAGGUUUUAUGCUGGUAUGCCCGGCCAUCUCCAUAAACACGAAGAUUCCAUAUCUGAAAGUUUAGAAUUACCUCCCCCACCAACCCUUGCCAAAUUUCCACCUCCACCGCCUUCUCACUAUUUUUUCGAUACUGAGAAGAGACACCAGCUCACAGAAAAGGCCGCUGAGGAUGAAUACAGGCAGCAACGCGCAUUUUUGCGACUCCGAUCGACAAAUAUCACCAUAGUAGCAAGUUCGUCUCGAAAAACUCGCAAAAUACGCACCGGGGAGGCCACUUUGGAAGGCGUGGUGGCUUUGGCGGGCAGCCGAGGGGUGGGCCUGCUAAUGAGCGUGCUUUCCGGGGUCACCAGAUGGAUGGUUAUCGACAAUCCACCCAAUAUUACCCGAAACGCACGUCUCCGUACUGAAUCGGGGGCCUAA